GAUAUAGCUAUGAAGCAUAAGACAUGCAUUCACGUAACUAGUGCAAACGAAGCAACAAGACGCGAAUUUAUUUCAUCCAUUCUUCACGGCUUAUCAGGAAGCCAUGGUAAAAGGCCAGUGGAUUGGGUUAUCAAGAUUGGAGAUACGAUUAUUGUCGUUACCGAGGCUAAAAGGGAGGAUAUUAACCAGGGUGUUGGCCAGAAUGCAAUUCAGUUACAAGCUUCAUCUCAACGAAAUAAAAAGAAACGCACAUACAAUGAGGCUUUACGUGAAGAUGUAAUGUAUGGUAUCGUUUCGACAGGGGUUGACUGGGUCAUAAUUAAGUUAGUCACUACUGGCGAAUGUAAUGACAAUGAUAAUGGGAAUGUUGAGGUAUUAUUGAGUUCGCGAACACCAUUUACUUUUCCUAUUAAUGAGAGUGUGUUUGACAAAAGUCUUAUGCUUGAAAAACUCAAGAAUUUGUUCGGGCAAAUCAAGUGGGUGUUUGAUAGUCAGAUCGAAUCACAGGAAUCGUUGAAGCGGGUAAAAACAGAAGAUAAAUAAGAUAGUCUUGUUAGACACUAGCAUAGAAAAAAUCGUCAUGUAUCCUGGGCAAAGUCCCGAUCAUUGUAUUUAUUUUUUUAUUCUAUCUUAAUAAAACUUGUCUUUACAUUCACAACAAAACAUUGAAUAAUUCACAUUCUUGUA